CCCCGCGGGUCGUCUCAAAAGCCUCGCGCACCACGGCACCGUCUCCCACCCACCCCGCAGCAGCCAGCGCCCGCGCCGCCGAGCACCUUGCCCUCCUCCUCCUCACCCCACCCGCGCCGCCGCCCCCACCCCCCCGCCUGAUGCCGCCGCUCGCCGGCCCCGGGAUGGCGUCGCGCGGGGGAGAUCCGCCCGCCCGGGCUUCCCGGUGACCGAGUUUUCAAGCUCAAGUGACGAGCAGCGGCGUCGUUCGCCCGUGCGGCUUCCACUCGGCUGGAAUUGUGAUGGCUGCAGAAAAACACAAUGGGAUGAGCCUGACGGACAAGAGACAACUAGUGUAUGAAGUUGCAAGAUGGCCGCAAGGUGCUGUGGAGAUUCUUCAGUGCUGGACCCGCAGGGAUCUUCUUGAGCUUAUAUGUGUGGAGCUGGGAAAGGAGAGGAAGUACACCAAUGUUCCAAAAUCUAAGAUGAUUGCUUAUCUCUUGAAACUAGUUUCACGAAACAGUGGACAACUCAAGGAUGGUAAUGCAAAGGCUAUAUUAUCAGGGCAGGAUAACAUAGAUGAAACACAAAUGAAAGAAUAUGAGGAACAAGAACAGUAUUCAGUCAAAACUGCAAACUUUGACUCAUCAAUGCACACGGAGGCUCGAGCUGGUACAGUGGUGUGCAGAAAUGUUGCAUGCCAAGCCAUACGGAAUGCAGGCGAUAAAUACUGCAAGCGUUGCUCUUGCUGCAUUUGCAAUAAAUACGAUGAUAACAAAGAUCCUAGCUUGUGGUUGGUUUGCAGCUCUGAUAAUCCAUACAGUGGUAUUUCAUGUGGUAUCUCUUGUCACCUAAAUUGUGCACUAAAGAAUAAAAAAGCUGGCUUUGUCAAGAAUGGGUGCAACAAGUUGGAUUGUAGUUUCUACUGUGUUAACUGUGGUAAAAUCAACUGGCUAAUGAGGAGUCUGCGGAAACAACUUGCAAUUGCCAGGGAGGCAAGAAGAGUUGAUGUGCUUUGUGAGCGGCUGUCAUUGAGCCAUAAACUGCUGAAAGGGUCUGAACAUUACAAGGAAAUAGCAAGCAUAAUCAGUUCAGCUGUGAAAACACUAGAGAAAGAAGUUGGUGGUGCAUUGGAUCAAGUUUCUGCAAACAUGGGGCGUGGCAUCGUGAACCGGCUUAGCUGUGGCGCUGAAGUUCAGAAGCUUUGUUCAAGUGCAUUAGAAAUUGUAGACUCUACAGUAGAUAACUCCUUGGAGUUUGAGUUGAAUGAUAAUCCUAAAGUCCUGGGUCCCCAACCCCAAAUCCUUUUUGAUGAGAUUACUCCGUUUUCUGUGGUUAUUGCUUUAAAAUAUCAGGAUAACAUCGGUAAGGAGCACAUUGAUGGUUGCAAAGUAUGGCAUCGAAGUGCUAAGGUUCUCAACUAUUCAUCAGAGCCCACAUGCCACAUACUGAGACCAAAUACAAGGAGCCUGGUUUCUGGUCUAAGCCCUUCAACUGAAUACUUCUUUAAGGUUUUGCCUUUUAGCAGCAUAGAGGAGUUUACUGAGCGGGAGGCAAAAUGCACUACACGGAGCCUUGACCACGGCAGCAGCCAGUGUUCAACUCAGAAUUCUGAGAGUGUGUGCCUCAAAGAGGAUUCAGUGCAGCAUCGGAAAAAGGAUUUGAAUUUGCAGAAUCAUCAGAGAGCCAUUCAAUAUGAUUCACCUAAGGGUUCUACAAAUUCAAGUGAGAACAAUUUCUCCUGUGACCGGUAUUCUAAGCGGGCUAAGAUUGCAAGUGACAACGAUGAAAGCCAAUUACCACCAUCUGAAGUUUUACCUUUCCUGAGCUCCAACUCCUCUCCUUCAGAAGCUCCAAGCAAACCUGACUUGCUCAUUGGCACCCCAGAUUCGGCCUCCAAGAACUACGUGGAGCAGCAGUACGAGUACUGCGUGAAGGUGAUCAGGUGGCUGGAGCACGAAGGGCACAUGGACAGUGACUUCCGUGUAAAAUUGCUCACUUGGUUCAGCCUGAAGGCAACAUCGCAGGACAGGCGAAUUGUGGGCGCUUUUGUGGAUGCUCUCAUUAGUGAUCCCGCGAGCUUGGUCGCCCAACUGGUUGAUGCAUUCAUGGAUGUUGUCUGCAUCAAGGAGAAGCCCCCUCAGCAGCAACAGAAGGGUGCAUGCUGCAAGCUUCGGCACUAGAAAGCUUCAUCGCUGCACGAAGUCUCACCGUGUGACAUCAUUUUGCUGGUAACUUUCUGGUGAUUGAAGGAUGAAUAUCCAAUAUUGAAGCUAUUGUCUAUUGUUGACUAUCAGGUUGCAUCUAACUUCUGUUAUCGGGCACAUGAACAAAACUCCUGGAGGUUGCUGACAGGUGCAAUGUGGGCUGUCGUUAUGAGAGACGCCUAUAUGUAGUAGGUGCUUCAUUUGGCAUUCAGGUCCAUUUGAUAUCUCAUUUAUUCAUUCAAAUUCAGUCGGUAGGGUGAUGAUUGGUCCAUGAAUACAAAUCCAUGUGUAACCUUGUGAUGGUGGGACAUGGUUCAUGAUCCGGUUUGGGUGUAACCUGCAACUCCUGAAUAGAUGGAGCUUGUAAGAGUAGACAAGCAACUGUAUGCAUAUGUGGAAUGCUAUGGUGGAUCUGCAAGUUAACUUCUGUGAAAUCA